AUGGCACCACAAAAUUGGCACUGUGAUCUGAAUGAAGAGACGGAUUCCUAUGAAUUUCUCGACUAUUCCUCUCUCAAAGAAUCUCCAUUUUUGAAUUCACUGGGAAAUUACUUGAGGAGAUCCGAUGUCGAUGAGUCGAUUGUUCAACGAAUAUUAUUGGAUAUGUCUCUCGGUCAUACCUCGCAUCAAACAGUUCUCGAUAAGAAUCGAGUUUACUAUGAGAAAAUGGUAAAGUUUUGCCUUGCAUCAAAG